CCUUCUAAUCCCGAAGUGAUCUUGUUUACUAACUUUGAGGUUGCGUCUGCGUAGAAGCCCCCGUGAAUCAGGUCUUGAGGACACAGCGCGGGGUUCAAUAAGGCUUGUCACGUUUCACGUACACCCGAUAUCUAAUGAGAUAGACAGUGAUGGACAGCCAAGUUGCUCGAGAUGGUCGUCUCAUGGAGCUAGUAGAUGAAAAAUGGCGAGUUGACAAACUCCCUAUGGAAGAGGUCGCUGUUCCCCAGAUGGAACUUCCCGAGAUAGAGCCAGAUAACGGCCCCACCAAUGAAACACUGAAGGAACAGGAGCAAAAAUGGAGUGACCUGGCCUUGUCUGCUCUACAUGACCAGCCCCCAGCUACCACCAAUAACUGACUCGUGGCCAUAUACAUGUAUCAACUUUGUGGACAAGAUGUGAAUUACACAUCAACAGUCAAGGUGUCUGGAUUAUCUUUGUU